GACACCAGACUCACUUUCUUCUUUACAUUAAAGUUAUUGUUAUAAAACUUUAAAAAAGUUUUAAAAGAUAUAUCUAUGAGUAAAAUUUGAUUCACAUCUCAAAACUAAAGAUACCUUAACAUAUCAAAACAAAGACAUGAACUCACUUCCGAUUGACUAGUAGAAGCCUGCUGUAGAAUCGUGUUGUUAGAUCGACCCCACAGCUGCCUUCUAAUCUGGUAACUUGGCUUUCAGCUUGAGUGGUGGGUUAGAAUGAAUAAAGGAGGAGUAGGAGGUGGGGGAGGAAGUGGGCCGACAGCGGCGGCGGCCGCAGCAGCUGCUCAAAAGCAAAAAUCUUUGAUGCAGAGAGUGGAAACAGAUAUUGCUAACAUCGUUGACAAUUUCACUCACCUCGUCAAUGUUGCCCGGGUCAAUGAUCUACCCGUUAGAAACUCGCAAGAAGCUUUUAUGAUGGAAAUGCGUGCAGCCAGAAUGGUUCAAGCAGCUGACUCUUUACUCAAGUUGGUGUCGGAGCUCAAGCAGACUGCUAUCUUUUCAGGAUUUGCAUCUCUUAAUGACCAUGUAGACCAAAGGAUAGUUGAAUUUGACCAACAGGCAGAAAAAACUGAUUCUAUGUUAGCUAGAAUCGGGGAGGAGGCUGCUGCUAGUCUCAAGGAGCUUGAAUCUCAUUACUAUUCUUCUGCACAACGAAGCUGAAUAUUACUGGUUACGCUCCUAAAUUCAUUGUCCUGCUCUAGCAAAAACACGCUGCUCUUUCCGACUACUUUCCUGCUAUAAGAUCUGGCAUUUAGCAACUGAAGUUUUGAAUGUCAUGAUAUGGCAGAGACUAACAGAUGUGCCAUUUAGAAGCUAAAAGUUUUGAAUUUAGAUGAAGGUUGAUGUUAAAUUACCUGUAUAGUGUGACAUCUUCUUUGGAUGUUUCAUUCAAGGUGAAAGCAGCAUUCAUGCUUUUUUUUGUCGGAA